ACCGAGACCAGACUUUCUCCUUUUAAACCCCCUUACUGGCCUGAAACCCGAUCCUAAGCCCGGACUAUUUUUUUCGUCCCGAAACCUCAAGCUAAUUUGAUUAAAAUUUUCAACCCACGACUUGUUCUUUUUUCUUUGCCCGUGACAUACUUGAUAGUUAUUCUAUUUGCAUAAUAUUUAAAAAAAAUGAUUUUGGCUGUGAUAAAAAAUUUAAUGGGAACAAUUUGUUGACUUUUUUCACAUUUUUCAGUUUUUUAAACUCUUAUAUUGUUUAAUUUUUGAAUUCUUAUCUUGUUAUUUAGAGAUUAUCUUUUCUUUAUUUUUGCCUAUUUUUACUUAUUUUUAAUUAUUUUGCGCAACAAUGAAUUAUGAUGAUGCAGCACAGCAACAUCAACAACAAUUUUAUAUGCAACAAAGGAUGAGAUCACAACAACAACAUCAACGAAUGCCACUUUCAAUGGCUGCAAAUCAGCCAGGAGGCCAACAACAACCGCAACAUCCCCAACAACAAAUUAGACAAUCUUUUAAUAUGGUUCAUCAACCGCAACAUGUAAUGGUUCGAAUGCAGGGUAUGGGAGGUGAUGAUCCUAAUGGACAACAACAGCAUUAUCAGCAUUUUAAUUAUAGAGAUUUGUUCCAUAAUCUCCCACCAAGUAUGCAGAACCAGAUUAUGAGUGAAACUAAUCAAGAACGUAAAAAACUAUUACUUCACGAAGCGGUUAAACAACAGCAACAUUUAUUUGAACAACAAAUGCAACAACAAGGAGGAAUGGGAGUGCGAAUGCCUAUGAAUGUUGUUCAAUCUCAACGCUUGCCAAUUACGCAAGCAGGAGGAGCGGUUUAUUCUGGUCAACAAGUUGUGAUGCAACAACCAGGGCACAUUCAACGAAUAGCUAGCCAAGGAUCUUUUGGUCAAUCACCAGGACAACCUUCACAAAUGUAUAUGCCUACAACAAUGGGGGGACAAACAGUUCGUGGGGGUGCUGCUAUGCAUCCAAUGCCUAUUAAUCAGCCUUAUUUACAGCAACAAUUUCAACAUCAAUCUCAGCAACAAUCAGCAGCCCAUCAAAUGCAAAGAGGACAACAUAUUCCUGUAGCUCCAGUAAUUUCUUCACAACAACACAAUCAAAUAACUCCUUCCAAUUCGGUUGAAUCAAAUGUUGGAGGAUUUGGAAUUCAAAGCGGGAAGACUUCUCAGCAGCUUAUUCAACAUCUUGAUCCUGGGAGUCAUCCAUCCAUAAAAUCAGAAGAUCAAUCUCCAAAUCCUGUAGUAGUCGAUAAUUUGACUGGAGCUCGUUUACGUAUAUUUUUUUUAAUGAGAUAA